GCUAUAUCAGCAGCAGCAGCAGCAGCAGCGGAAUCUACCAGUUGUAGCUGAGGACCACACUACUUCUGGUCAGAACAAACUCUUCUGCCUGGGGUUCAGCAUUUGUCCCCAGCAUGGGCCGUACAAGGGAAGCUGGCUGUGUGGCUGCUGGUGUGGUGAUAGGGGCUGGUGCCUGCUACUGCGUGUACAAACUGACCUGGGGAAGAGAUGAGAAUGAGAAAAUCUGGGAUGAUGAUGAAGAUGAAGAAGAUGAGGAAGAGUCUAGUGAUAUUUCAGAGCCUGGGGUUGAAACUGGGAGAGCAACUAAUGCAGGGGUGGGGGCUGGAGCUAGACUUCAGAGUGUCUCAAAGGGCAGGGAGGUGGGUGUGCAAUCUGAAUCCAGUCCGGAUGUAAAAGUGGAAGCCAAUUUGAAGGUCCAGAGUGGAGGUGGCCUAGAGGCCAAGGCCAAGGCCCUUUUCAACACUCUAAAAGAACAGGCAAGUGCAAAGGCUGGCAGAGGGACCAGGCUGGGUAACAUCUCUGGGACUAGGACCCUUGCACCAAGUUUACCCUUCCCAGCAGGCAGAGGUGGAAGCUGCCACCCCACCAAGAAUGGGACCAAGUCAGGGAGCAGGUCAAGUGGAAAACCUAAGGGAAAGUCCAAAAGUAAAAGCACAAAGACUUUACCUACAUCCUGGCCUGUUCGCAGAGGUAAAUUCAACUUUCCCUAUAAAAUUGAUGAUAUACUGGGUGCUACUGACCUUCAAAAAGUUCUUAACAUCCUGGAAAGAACAAAUGAUCCCUUUAUUCAAGAAGUAUCUUUGGUCACUUUGGGUAACAAUGCAGCAUAUUCAUUUAACCAAAAUGCCAUUCGUGAACUGGGUGGUCUCCCAAUCAUUGCAAAAAUGAUAAAAACAAGAGACCCUAUUAUUAGGGAAAAGGCUUACAAUGCCCUAAAUAACUUGAGUGUGAAUGCUGAAAACCAGGGUAAGAUUAAGGCAUACAUCAGCCAAGUGUGUGAUGAUACUAUGAUCUGUCGUGUGGACUCACCUGUGCAGAUGGCUGGACUAAGACUGUUAACCAACAUGACUGUGACCAAUCAUUACCAACAUUUGCUGUCUUAUUCUUUUCCAGACUUUUUUGCUUUGUUAUUUCUGGGAAAUUACUUUACCAAGAUUCAGACUAUGAAACUAAUUAUAAACUUUACAGAAAAUCCAGCCAUGACAAGAGAGCUGGUUGCCUGUAAAGUGCCAUCAGAUCUGGUUUCCCUCUUUAAUAAAGAAUGGGACAGGGAGAUUCUUCUUAAUAUUCUCACCCUAUUUGAGAAUAUAAAUGACAACAUAAAAAGUGAAGGACUUGCAACAUCCCGAAAGGAGUUCAGCAGAAGUUCCCUUUUUUUCUUAUUUAAAGAAUCUGGAGUGUGUGUUAAGAAAAUCAAGGCAUUAGCAAAUCACAGUGAUCUGGUGGUAAAAGUAAAAGUCCUCAAAGUAUUGACCAAACUCUAAAUAGGGAUCUUUUCUAAACAAUAUUAAGACAUUUUUUAGUUUACACCUGGGAACAAUGCAUUUGAUAAUUUUUUGUUACUCACUGUGCUUAUAUGGCAGAGAUAAUUUUAGCUGCUAUUUUUGAAUAAUAGAUAUCAGAUCAACAGUGAUGCUAGUUGUUAUGCUUGCUUUAAAGUAGACUGUUUUAAAGAUGCCAAAUAAAUAUUAGUUUAUACACGAAAGCAUUUAUUAAUGUUGUCAUAUUAAUCUAGAUUGAGAUGUUCCUGCUCUUUCCUCUACCUAAAUUGAUAGAGCUAAUUGUGAAUAUGCUGUACUUCUGUAAUGUUUUACAUAUGUUAAACUAAGACUUGUGUUUCACCAAUAAAUUUGUGUUUUAACACAGAAAAGGAAAUUUUA